AUGGCGGCGCCCUGCGCGGAGAUGGAGCCGGCGGCGCCUCCUCCUUCCCCUCCUCCCGCUCCCGCUCCCGCCGCCGCGCCGGGCUCGGCCGGGCUCGUGUGCGCGCAGGGCCGCAACCUGCGGGCGGUUCUGUGCCAGCGCUGCGGCUCCCGGGUGCUGCUGCCCGGCGCCGCCACCUUCGCCCGCCGUGAGCUCCUCCUGCCCGCCAUGAGGAAGAAGGCGGCGGCGGCGGCGGCGGGAGGCGGCGGGGACGUGCUGCGGGAGCACUGGCUGGUGCGCGACAUGUUCUCCUUCGAGAACGUGGGGUUCACCCGCGACGUGGGCAACGUGAAGUUCCUGGUGUGCGCCGACUGCGAGGCGGGGCCCAUCGGCUGGCACUGCCUGGACGACAAGGACAGCUUCUACGUGGCUCUGGAACGCGUGGCCCACGAGUGACCGCGGCCCCGGGCCCCGGGCUGGCAGCUGGGCUCGGCCGCCAGGAGCCCCGACAGCCCUGAGAGCCACAGCCCGGGCUGGGGCCCAGGGCACUGCCCGCGGCUGGGCUGGGCAGCCCAGUGUCUGACUGACCACAGCCCGGCUGGGCAGCCCAGUGUCUGACUGACCACAGCCCGGCUGGGCAGCCCAGUGUCUGACUGACCACAGCCUGCCUGCCCUGUGGUGUGACUGACCCACAGCCUGACUGGUCGCCUCACGUGCCAGGUCCACAGGCUGAGCAGCACCAGGAAGCGCAGCCCUGGCACAGCCAACUCCUCUCCCACACAGGAAGGCUGGUGGUGGUGGGAGGGUCCCCUGUGACCUGCAGGGACAUCUCACCAUGACAGUUUUGCCAAAUAACCCGAUCUGCCACUGUCUGCUCUGUCGCUUCCCUCGUGGCUGCUGUUGCUCCAAGGUGCUGGGAUGCCUCUCAGGCUGCUGGCUCUGUGACACCGUGUGAAUGUGGGCACUGGGAAGGGGCGAGGGGAGGACACGACUGCUGCACUGAGUUGUCGUGGCAGCUAAAAUUGUCUGACCUACAGCCAGAGCAGUUGCGGGGUUUAAGGCUGAAUCUUCUGCUGAUUUUCAGAAGGAAUGUUCCCUGCCCCAAGGCCUAACAUUUGCAUUCUCCAGAAUCUCAUCCCACCUGACAGCUGUACGCUGUGGGAGUGUGUGGCGCCUGAAGUGAGUGUAAGGCAUUCCAGCUAACGUGUGCAGUUCCAUUAACCGAGUACCUGGAAACCAAACACAGUACAGGUAAAGCAGCUGAGAGAGCAGCAAAUAAAGAAAAUGUGCCAGAUCAUAGUGUUUUCAGGCAGCAAGAGUGAAGAGAUUCUAGCCUGAAAAGGAUCUGAAUCAUUGGACAGGCAGUGUGCAGUGACUGUAUGUGCCAGUGCUGAAGCAUGUCAGAGUAGCCACUUGUGUAUGUUUUAAAGAAGUCAGGAAAGAGUUUCUCUUCUGUAAAAGCACCUGAGGAGAGCAAUCUGGUAUGUUGUGACCAGUUUUAGUCUCUGCCUUUUAAAAGCUGGGCACAAAGCUGACUGAAAAUGGAAGGAGGCUGCAGCAGCUGUUCCCUGCAUUUAUCGUGGCCCAGUUCGUUCUCCAUUGCAGACUCCAGGCUGAGUGACAGAGCAGCUCUCCGGGGAUGCUCUGGGGUCCUGGUGCUGUGCCUCUGCUCAUGAACACGUGGGUACUGACCCAGCUGUGAAGGCGCAGCUGUCACCGUGCUGGGAUGAUGGAGUUGUUUGGGCCACCAAACUCCAGGUGGGUUUUACCUGCAGAUUGAGGACAUUUCUGCCUCAAGGCUGUGCGAGGGACCUUUCCCUCUCUCCUCUAAUGAAGCAGUUUUGUUGGCAGGAGUCUCUAAGGCAGGCACAGCCUUGGGCAAGGCUCUCAGAAAGGCCUCCUGACAGCGGGAGAGGGAGAAACAAGCCUCUUCUCCCUGCAGGAUUUGAGCACCUGCACUUUUAAGAUUUGGAGACUCUGCCUUAAUGUAGAACAACCAAGGUGCUGGCUGUGCUGGGGCUGCUCCAUCAGGAACCUCUGCUGUGGGCAGUCAGGAUUUUUCAGAGGAGGGAGAGGAGCAGAACUAUAGUCUGGGGGCUGAGGCUCUUGCUGGAGCAGGAGGUGAAUCCUGUGCUGUGCCCUUGUUAAAUGUGUCAGAUGCACAUUUGACAUGAAGACUGCUGCUUCCCUCCUGCCCUUCCUGUCUCUUAGUCCUCAGCCCAGUGACUCAACAGGUUCAUCAAGGGGAUGUACCUCAAAAGGCAGGAGAGCUUCACUUGGGUUCUGCACAGGCACAGCAAAAUGGUGGGAUCAUGUCACUAAUUUCACACUUUCACUUGGAUUGUUGUCUGUUGGGGAACAUGUUUUGACCUGUAAUGCCCCAGUUAUAGUCUGUGUUACUUAAAUAUAACAUGUGCUGCACAAGCUUCAUUUCAAAGGCACCACUGUGCAGAACAGGUUGUGGAAAUCAGCUUGGCUAACACUGAGUAAAUGACCUUCAAAAAAUAGUACAUGUAUGCUGAUACUGGGGAGCAGUGGGUGGCACUGGGACGAAGCUGGGGGGUGGUGGCAGCUUUCCCAGUUAGUAGAACACUUCUGGAUGGGUGGGAGACCUCAGGUCAAAGGCCUUCACAUCAGAAUGGCAGUGAUUUGAAUCCACCUCGGUGCAGCACUGCUCAGUGAUGAGUGCUGGGAGCUCCUGCUGCCCUUUGGUGGGAGAGGGGAGGUGAGUCCUCCAUGGAAUCCAGGUGUGCUUCCUGCUGACUCCUAAAUAUAGAACAGGAGCGCACAGACUGUGGAAGUGCUAAGAAGAAAUGAACAGUCUGAUGGGAAUUCUUGAGACGAAGCUUUUGUGCCAUGAGAUCUUGGGAUCUUUUCAGCCUCCUGUGCUGUUAGUGGAGCUUUGGGGGAUGAAUGUCCUGGUCAGCAGACAUGGGGGAAGAGCUGCUGCUCCUUCACUGGACACACCACCAGGCUGGGGAGCUGCUGAAGUGCUGUGCCAUUCCUGUGUCAGCGAGAGCUAAUAAAAAUUCAGACAGACUUAAAAAUAAACAUAAGUUUUUCACUGCUUUUUAUCCAGCAUGUUGAAACACUGUUUUCCCGUUACCUGCAGUAACUCCUAGGAAAAAAAGGAUAGACAACCCUCAGGCACAGGAAGCACUUACAUAAAGACCUGGAAAGGCUCAUCUCUUGCAGCCCAUUUUUCUUUAUCAACACCAAGACAGAGCAGAAACCCUUAUUUCCACGUGCAAGUCACUUUAAAUUAAUUUGAAAAUGGGUUCUUCUAUUUAAUGGCUGCAUAGACUUGACUCCUAAGACCACUCUGUGUUGAGCUGUAGCAGUGCAACGACAGGGAACAGUAAUAAACCUGUGCCCCUUGGGGAGGGGGAACAAAUAA